AUGCUCACCGGCUUGUUCGGCUCGUUCUGCUCUCUUUCACGAACCCAGAUUGGCAAAUAUACUCAGCGACUUCUCGGCAAAUCAACCCAGCUUUACUGCAAGAUGCGUCCCAUUGUUUUGGCUGGACUCGUGGGCACGAUCCUUGCUAUCGAGAGUCCAGAGGAAUGCGCCGACAGAUGCACUGUUGAAUGGUAUGAGUGCAAGGGUACACACGGGGGGCGUUGGCCCUGCGACGGUGCCUAUACAGUCUGCUUGGGUUUUAAUCCUUUCGUGAGAGGCUACGACGUGCCUGUUGCUUGCAAGGGCAAGGACAAGCCCUUCGACCCGUACGCUCCGCCUCCCCCUUCACCACCUCCGCCUCCGACUCCGACUGUUUCUACGGAUAUCCAUACGCAGGAAUGCAUCUGGGCGUACCAAAAGUGCACCGCCAAACCCGAUGCCAACAAGUCCACAUGUCGUGAGAAGUACCACGCCUGCCUGAAGCACAAAAGUGCCAGAGCAAUAAUUGAGAAGAAUAUGAUGGUGGACUCCGAGACCACGGAGCCUUUCAUCACCAAGGCCCCUUCUCCCUGCGCUGCUGGCGAUUCGGAUUGCUCCGAACAUAGUCCUUCCUCCAGUACCAUAGAAUAUCCUUGGGAAACGAUGACGACGGACUUUGAGACCACGGAGCCUUCCAUCACCGAGACUCCUUCUCCCUGCACUACCGGCGACUCGGACUGCUCCGGGCCCAAUUCUUCUCCCGGUACCACAGGAGAACCUCAGGAAACGACGACGACUACGGACUCCGAGAUAGUAGAGCCUUCAGUCUCCUCAGUCGCAAAGGCCGCUUCUCCCUGCGCUGAACGCUGCGUGCGCGACUACUACAGCUGCUUACUGGUGCCCGACUUCAACCACUGCCCAACGUUGCUCGUUCAAUGCCUUGGCUAUAACCCUUUCUAUAGAGGCCAGCUGAACCUUCCUAUUGCUACCUGUGCCAAAGAACCGACAUCUACUUCCACUACGACUUCUACUCGCACCCCAACUCCCACGCCCACGCCCACGCCCACUGAGACCAUCAUCCAGGAUAAGUGUGCCAAAGAGUGUACUGACGCAUACAACGCCUGCAAGCUCUUGACCAACUCCCACGAAGCAGUGUGUGGUCUUGAUCUCAUACGUUGCGUCGGUUAUAACUAUUUCAAGGAAGGCUUACGGCUUCCUACCACCUGCAGAACGCCUACGCCUGAGCCUACGCCUACCGCCGACACCUGCGCUCAGAAUUGUCUCGACGAGUGGAACAGCUGCCAGAAGAGCUCAAGAAAGGGCCGAGCCUACUGCAAGUCUGCCAUGACUGACUGUCUGGGCUACGACCCCUUCAAAAAGGGCUUCAAGAAACCUACUGCUUGCCGGCCGUCAGCUGCCCCGGCUCAGACCGCUCAACCUACUCAAGCUGCUUGCCCCAAGAACCGCACCGAGGAAUGGAAGGCCUGUCGUUCUAGCCCUGGAGCGAACCAGUCCCUCUGCGCUUCCGACUUUAAAGAUUGUCUUGGAUACGCCCCUUUCUUGAAUUCGACAAAUUCGACUUUGCCCGUUUCUUCCUCCAGGCAUAUACCCGGGAAUAUGACAACCGCGGCUCCCUUCCCCUUCACCAAUCUGACCAAGCCUGAGUCGACAAUGACUGCUGUCUCUGACUUCCCUAUGUCUACAUCGUUCAGUUCUUCUCCUCAGACUCCGGUUGGCACCCUCUGGGUCCCAACUGCUACCACGACUUUACCGGCUACCACGACUUUACCGGCUACCACGACUUUACCGGCUACCACGACUUUACCGGCUACCACGACUUUACCGGCUACCACGACUUUACCGGCUACCUUGAUUGCUGCCGCGGGUCGUCUGGAGCCGGCGAUGCUCCUGGUUGUUCUUCUUGUUGCUUUGCUGUAG